GGGCCAGCUCGCUUCUACGCAGGCGCCGCACGGGAAACCCUUUCUCGCUUGGGUCCGCGGCCCUGGCCAUGGCGGAGGAAACCCUUGCCCCACUCGGCGGGGUUGUGGACACCGGACCUUCCGAGCGAGGCGUGGCACCCAUCAAACCCCAGUACCUCACCACAAAGGAGCAGUUCCAUACGUUCCUUGAAACCAGAGGGAAAAGCACAGGGGACCAGGCUGUGGGAGAGCCAGACAGUGACAGAGCUGAGACGAGAUCAUCUGUUUGCUGCGACUCCUCUGAGCCUGGAGCCAAAAGACUCAAGCUUGAUGAUGGGAAAGUGGAGGGUCUGGAAAGGCAGCCUUCAGGAGUGGGAGAGGGGGAGCCCCAGCAGAAAAAGAAAGUCCGGGGCCAGAAUAAGAGUAGACCCCACAUGAAACCAACUCGUUAUGAUGACAACAGGUUAUGCCCAUCCCUGGUCCAGGAGUCAGCUGAAAAAUGCUUCUUUGGUGAACGCUGCCGCUUUCUGCACGAUGUGGACACUUACUUGGCCUCCAAACCCCCAGACCUUGGGGACAAGUGUGUCCUGUUUGAGACCUUUGGGAAAUGCAUCUAUGGUGUGACGUGCCGUUUUGCCAGGGCCCACCUCGGUCCCCAGAACCAGAAUCUGGUGAAGGAGGAGCUGGUGAAACAAUGGGAGGGCCAGAAACUCACAAGCAAUGGUCUCAGCAAAGACCUACAGCAUCAACUUCGAAAGAAGAAAGUCCAGUUUGAGCACUCAGAGAAGUACCUGAAGCAGCUGUCUAAGUCAGGAAGGGUAGGGACUGGGAAAGACCAGACCCCAACUUCUACUGCUGGGCCUGAGGCACCUAAGGGUGAACAAUUGGAGGCCUCCAUCGACUUUCCGGGACACAUGGCCCAGAAUUCUGUCAGUGGUGAUGCCCAUGAGUCUCUGGAAAGUCUUGAAUCAGGGUUACCACUGUCAGAAACUGUUUCAGGGAUCCUAGAGCAAGGAACCACCCCCCAGAGAAACGUUGUCUGUUCCUCAGGGCACCUGACUGAUGAGGACCUUAUCAAACUCCGGCCCUGUGAGAAGAAAAGGCUGAGCAUCCAAAACAAGCUGUACCUGGCCCCGCUCACCACGUGUGGCAAUCUGCCCUUCCGGAGGAUCUGCAAGCAAUUUGGAGCUGAUGUGACCUGUGGGGAGAUGGCUGUGUGCACCAACCUGCUCCAGGGCCAGUCAUCGGAAUGGGCCCUGCUCAAACGGCACCACACGGAAGACCUCUUUGGUGUCCAGCUGGAGGGAGCCUUUCCUGACACCAUGACCAAGUGUGCAGAGCUGCUGAACCGGACCGUGGAGGUAGACUUUGUGGACAUCAACGUCGGCUGCCCCAUUGACCUUGUGUACAAGAAGGGUGGGGGCUGUGCCUUAAUGAAUCGCUCCAACAAAUUUGAGCAGAUUGUUCGAGGGAUGAAUCAGGUGCUAGAUGUGCCUCUGACUGUGAAGAUCAGGACAGGGGUGCAGGAGAAGGUUAACUUGGCCCAUCGACUUUUACCUGAACUUCGAGAGUGGGGAGUGGCCCUUGCAACGCUCCAUGGCCGCUCCCGGGAACAGCGCUACACCAAGGGCGCCGAUUGGCAGUACAUACAGCACUGUGUAGAUGUGGCCAGCCCGAUGCCCCUUUUUGGAAAUGGAGACAUUUUAUCUUAUGAAGAUGCCAAUCUCGCCUUGCGGACUGGUGUUUCUGGGAUUAUGAUUGCUCGAGGAGCCCUGAUCAAACCGUGGCUCUUCACUGAGAUCAAGGAGCAGCGGCACUGGGACAUUUCCUCUGGGGAACGAUUCAACAUCUUACGGGACUUUACCAACUAUGGCCUGGAGCACUGGGGCUCUGACACGCAGGGUGUGGAGAAAACCCGCAAGUUCCUGCUAGAGUGGCUGUCCUUUUUGUGCAGGUACAUCCCAGUGGGCUUGCUGGAACAUCUGCCUCAGAAAAUCAAUGAGCGACCUCCCUACUACUUGGGGCGGGAUCACCUGGAGACCCUGAUGGCCAGCCAGAAUGUGGACGACUGGAUCUCUAUCAGUGAGAUGCUCCUGGGGCCAGUCCCACCUGCCUUCACCUUCCUGCCCAAGCACAAAGCCAACUCCUACAGGUAGCAGUCUGAAGUGGAGCCACAAGGGGGCAACUCUGCCCUGCCCUGCCCUCUCUUCAGCACACAUCCCAGGAGGGUUCUGGGCCUAACAGGUUCAUUAGAGAAAUAAAUUUUAAUAUUUUGUAAAGCCAA